GUAUAGAUGACGACAGUUGACCUGUCGCCUCUAGAACGUUUAUUAUACACUGAAAAUUCAAAGCAAGCAUUCAGUCUUCAACAUGCUUUGCAACAAGAACAUGUACACCUGUGCUGUCGUCCUCGCCUUCCUGUUGGCAUCGGUAUCCAUCGACCGGAUCGAUGGAAAACCGGAUGGAGCGCCACUUGAAGCGUGUGCUACUAUGACACCUAACCAUGGUGUUGGUGUCUAUCCCCAAUUCAUCAAUUCGUCGCCCUUCAAAACUGAAAUUCCAUCUGGGGAAUAUGCCAUCAUGGACAAUACCUUGAAUUUGGAAUUGCGUUCAGUGAAUGACGUAACUACGUACAAAGGUUUCCUUGUGAUGGCGUUCGACAAGAAUGAUGCCACUAAUACGCCGAUCGGUACUUUUAAACUGCCCAGUGAUGGAAAAGUAAUCGACUGCUCCGGUAUCGUUGGGAGCGCUGCUACCCACAAAUCUCGUAAUGAAAAGAAAUUAACGAACGUGCAAUGGACCCCUCCCAAAAACUUCAUGGGCACAGCCAUUUUCAGGACCACUUACGUGCAUAACGCGACAACAUUUUGGGUCAAGACAGAGUCAAUUGCCGUUACCUAUGUGAUGGAGCUUCCAACAUCAUCAACGCAAGCUCCGGUGGCGACAACUCCAAGCUCUGCCUCACAAUUGAGCAAGACAUGGAUCAGCCUGAUAACCUUUUCAUUGAUGGCUUAUUUGAUGCGAUAACGUUCAUCAAGUGGAUGGGAUUUGUUUAGACAUAGCUGCUCUGCAUGAUCAGAGUUCAUGAUUAUUCCAAAUUUAUUGUAAGCGCGUAUAAUUACUGACUGAAAUUUUCAUUGGGGCUGACUUGACAUUAAAACGGAGUGAAUAACACGAAACGAUUGAUUAUUAAGGAUCCAUAUUACAUGCAACGACUUACACCCACAUUUUAUUUGAUUACGUAAUCGUGUUCUGGAAGCAAAUAAACAGCUGAAAAAAUUA